UCAACUAAAUUCUAAUCAGUUCCUUGGCACCAUCAAAUCCAAACUUUUGCAAUGGGAAAAAAAUAUGCAAUGAGAAGAGAAGGAAGAAUUAUAAUUCUCAACUUGCUAAUUUAAUUUGUGUCGUAUACAUUGUAUAUAUGCCAGUUGAGACGACUUGUUUGAUCAUCAAAAAAAGUCUUGACGAAUACAUAAGCCUAAAGUCGUCUCUUACUCAGCAUUUUCUUCUUGACCUUAUUGGCAUCUUCUUCUAAAGUUCCAAUGCUUGAUCAUUGAUGAUUUUCCCAGCAUCGGAAACGAAAGGCUAUAAUCUGCAACUUUCAAUCUCGAGAAAAUAAAAGGGCCUUUGGGAAAAAGGAAAAAGAAUGUUGUUGCUGGUGGACUGCUCCAGCUGUCGUACGCCGCUUCACCUCCCUCCCGGAGCCACCCGAAUCCGCUGCGCCAUUUGUCACGCCUUCACUCUCAUCGCUCCCGAGCCCCGUCUCCAAUCCCACGCGUCGGCCAGCCCUUUUCCUUUCCCAAACUCAUCUCCCGUAACUCCGGCACCAUCCGCUUUCAUCUACCCGCCGCCAUCACCGUCUCCGUUCACUCACGCGCCGCCUGCACCGUCUCCAUUCAACCACGCGCCUCCAGAACAUUAUCCGUUCACUCCCGCGCCGUCAGCACCGUCUCCAUUUAACCACGCGCCCCCGGGUCCUCCACCACCCGUACACGGACAGAAGCGAGCGGUGAUCGUGGGGGUUUCUUACAAGAACACAAAGGACGAACUCAAAGGAUGUAUCAAUGACGCAAAGUGCAUGAAGUUCAUGUUGAUGAAGCGUUUCCAAUUCCCUGAAUCUUGCAUUCUUAUGCUCACCGAAGAAGAAACGGACCCAAUGAGAUGGCCAACGAAGAACAACAUAACAAUGGCGAUGCAUUGGCUAGUUGUAAGCUGCAAACCGGGAGAUUCCCUCGUCUUUCACUUCUCCGGUCACGGCAACAACCAGAUGGACUACAACGGCGACGAGGUUGACGGCUUCGACGAGACUCUUCUCCCGGUGGACCACAGGACUUCAGGUGUCAUCGUGGACGAUGAGAUCAAUGCUACAAUCGUACGGCCGCUCCCUUAUGGAGUCAAGCUCCAUGCCAUCGUCGACGCUUGUCAUAGUGGUACCGUCAUGGACUUGCCUUAUCUUUGUAGAAUGGACAGGCUCGGAAACUAUGAAUGGGAGGACCAUCGGCCUCCAUCAGGAAUGUGGAAAGGUACGAGUGGCGGUGAAGUCUUCUCUUUCACAGGCUGCGAUGAUGACCAGACCUCAGCUGACACUCCGCAAUUGUCAGGGAGUGCAUGGACGGGGGCAAUGACUUAUGCAUUCAUUCAGGCCAUAGAACGUGGCCACGGGACGACUUAUGGGAGCUUACUGAAUGCAAUGAGAUCAACGGUUCACGAGAUUUUCGACAAAAACAAAGGUAGAGAGCUUGUGGAAGUGGAAGGCGCUGAUCUUCUCUCUACUCUUCUUGGUUUGCUCAUCUUAGGCGCUUCUCCUCUUGAUGAGGAAGAGGAAGUAAACCAAGCCCCUCAAAAAACUCAGGAACCACAGUUGAGCGCUAACGGCGCAUUUGAUGUAUAUGAGAAGCCCUUUUCUUUGUAAUAUCACCUUAAGAGGAGGACAAAAGAAUGAGUAUGGAGUUUACCAACAAAAAAACUUUAUUGAGCUUGGAGUGAAGAUAUAUGGGGCAUGAUCAUAAUAUGUUUAUAUCGGCCUUUUCAUUAAGUGAAAAUAAAAGUUAUGAGAAAUUUUAUCAAAUGGUAAACAGACAUCAUCUUUAAAAAUUGCCAUCAAGAUAAAUAAAUAUUAUUAUUGGAACUUUA